AUGGAGAUUCUAAAGGACCUGCAUACCUCUAUUGUAGAGGCGUGCGAGGUGUCCAUUAGGAAUGCUCAACAAGAACUCCAGUCUCAACUUGCUGCUCGGGAGGCUCGGGUCAAGGAAGCCGAGGCGAACGCAUCAAUUGCCCUCGAGGCUCAGCGGGCUGCCGAGCAAAGGGUCGAAGAGCUUCAGCGUGAAGUAACCGCACUGCGGAAUGAGCUGAUCACCCACAACGCCGAUCCGAAGGAGCUUGAAUCGCCCAUCGAAACAAGCAACCUCGAAAGAGAAUUCGCACCCAAGAACAUUUGGAGGACCGAUCUAUUGGAGGCAGACCAGCUACAUGACAUCCUCAAAGACAAAUACACGACACUCUAUACCGAUCUGCAAGCAUUUAGCCGGAGCUGGAGCGGUCUCAAAUCAAAGCUACUUCAGCAUAAAAAGAAGCUUCAGCUUUGGGAUAAACAAUUGAACAAGGAUUCAUUCACGAUCCUACUGGACAAAGGUCCAGUCACAUUCCAGAGGGUGCUUGACACAGAUGCGACUGUGAGAAACCACCGGAAGUCACAAACUCCAAAUAUCAGGACCCAAAUACCCUCCGUAGCUCAAGUCUCAGGACUUGUCUCCAACAAUGGCACGCCUCCUCGGAACUUGCCAAAUCGGACGGAUGCAAACCCGCGCAUCAAAAUCGAAGAAAGCAGCCAACAGAUAACUGCUCCUACUCAACCUGUGGCGACAGCUACGCAAAAUACCUCUGCUAGUGGUGAUAUUCUCUCGUCGGAAUCCGGUUCAGACGUACUCUAUCCUCUGCCCAAUAUAGAGACGAAAAAGAGGAAGAGGGUCCUUCCAUCCGCUCAAGCAGAGCCUAGGCAAGGCGCCCCUGAACGGCCUGUACUUGUCAAGGCCGAGACGAUGUCAUCAAGUCCAAUGCACCAAGCAGCAACUCUUGGCUUCGGUGGGCAUUUCCCGAGCACCCAAGAUCUAGAUGAAAUUGGUGGUACCGUGCCGACACCCACGAAGCGACAUGCUCACCGAGAGGUUCAUUGGGAAGAUGAAGGGGAAGCAUCAACUUCCAACACACAGAAUGUUAUUCCAGAUCGCGAACCCCAACAUCAUACUGUACUGCAAUCAGUUGAUGGUAAUAUUCGAUCACCUAGAUGCUGGGGGAAGGGACCCGAAUUGAAAAAACGGGGAGAUUCAAGCGUACGGGCUCUUCUCAUGGCAGAGGAUGGAGAACGGGGUGAUGACCAGGAUCGCUCUCAAAAGAAGCGCGCAAGGAGCGCGGCGGUCAUCCAGCACGAGACACCCAGGGCCAAAGCGGAUGGAGUAAUCACUCGAGAUCGCCUGCAGGGCCUUCUAGAAGGGGCAUUGCCUUCUAAAUCGCCCCUUCGUUCUCCCCGAGAGGUUUCAGGCCGCAUCCAGAGCGGUGGAACUUCCAAUACCCGUCAAAAGAGUAGGACUACGAAGUCUGCAUCUCCGUAUCUGCACUCAGAACCAGUCGACCAACCUUCUCAAAUGGGUCCGGAGGUACAGCCGGAUGAAGAACCAUACCGAUCCCGACCUCUGCAUCGCCUGAAUCUAGGCCAUUUCAAAAUCAAUCCAGCCAGGAACCAAGGCCUCGAUUAUGCCUACGAUACAGUCGUCCGUAAGAAGGAUGACCGAAAGUGCAUGUCAGGCUGUACCCGUCCUGGCUGCUGUGGAGACCGGUUCCGUGCAAUGGCUCGCAUGGGAGUCCAGGGCACAAAUGCCUCCGCAGAACAGCAGGAGGAGGAUCAGCGGAUUCUCGAAGAGUACGUAGGCGAGGACCGGCAUUUACUCGAGGGGAUGAGUGACAAGGAUCGCGAGAAUCUACUUGUUGAGGCUCGGGCACGAGCCCUUGCCAACCAGUAUGGAAGGCAUCGGCAUACUCACCAAAGAGCUAGGAGUCCCCCAGGAUUCUGGCGAACUGAGAUGCCUUCUACCCAGGAGAUCGAGGCAGACCGAGAAGCUGCUCGGAAAUUAGAGCGAGAGAAGGUCGAAGAGCGGUACCGAGAGGCAAUGCGACCUGGAGGGCUCUGGACCUGGGCUGAUGAGUGA